AGAACCGGAAGCCCCAACUUCCGGCAACCACUCCCACAUAUACGUCACGUCGGAUUGACCAAACCCGGAAGUGAAGAUGGCGACCGCCUACGAGAGGUUCAACCUGCAUGCAACACCUGAGAAGUUCUACAUUGAGGCUUGUGAUGAUGGAGCUAAUGACGUGUUGGUUAUUGAUAGGGUGUCCACCGAGAUGACCCUUGCAGGUAUUAAGGACAUCCCCCCCUCAGGCGUAACCAGGCCCAUUUGUGGAAUCAUGGGAACAGUUCGCCUUGUGGCUGGGAUGUACCUCAUAGUCAUCACCCGGAAGAGGAAAGUGGGCGACCUGUUUGGCCACACUGUGUGGAAAGCGGUGGAGUUUGAUGUGAUUUCUUAUAAGAAGACCAUUUUGCACCUCACAGAUAUUCAGAUGCAAGACAACAAGUCAUUUCUGACUAUGAUUAGCAGUGUACUCAAUACAGACGGUUUCUACUUCUGCACGGACUAUGACCUGACCCACACCCAACAGCGCCUGUCCAACACCAGCCCGGACUUCCAGGAGAUGAGCCUGCUAGAGAGGGCAGACCAGAGGUUCGUGUGGAAUGGAAACCUUUUAAGAGAAAUCGUCUCACAGCCUGAGCUGCAUAAAUUUGCAUUUCCUGUCAUCCACGGAUUUAUUGUGAUGAAGCCAUGCUGCAUCAAUGGGAAGGUGUUUCAGUGGAUCCUCAUCUCUAGACGGAGCUGUUUUAGAGCGGGGGUCCGAUAUUAUGUCAGAGGCAUUGACUCUGAAGGACAUGCUGCUAACUUCGUUGAGACAGAACAGAUAGUCCAGUACAAUAAUGGCAGGGCGUCCUUUGUGCAGACUCGAGGCUCCAUGCCCUUUUUUUGGUCUCAAAGACCCAACCUGAGGUACAAGCCAAAACCACAGAUAAGCACCGAAACCAAUCAUAUGGAUGGAUUCAGGAGGCAUUUUGAAUCCCAGGUUCUCAUUUAUGGCAAACAAGUGAUUCUAAAUUUGGUGAAUCAAAAAGGAUCUGAGUUGCCCCUUGAACAGGCCUUCGCCAAAAUGAUCAACAGCAUGGAAAACGGACUCAUCAAGUACAUAGCCUUUGACUUUCACAAAGAGUGCAGUAAGAUGAGAUGGCAUCGCCUCCAGAUUCUCGUUGAUGCAGUUUCUGAUAUGCAAGACGAGUUUGGGUACUUUAUGGUGAGCUCAGACGGGAAGGUGUCGUCCGAGCAGUCUGGAACCUUCCGCAGUAACUGUAUGGACUGCCUGGACCGCACCAACGUCAUUCAGAGCCUGCUGGCCAGACGCUCCCUUCAGAGCCAGCUACAGAGGAUGGGUGUCCUCCAUGUAGGCCAGAGGAUUGACGAACAGGCUGAUUUUGAGAAGAUUUAUAAGAACGCGUGGGCAGACAAUGCCAAUGCCUGUGCUAAACAGUAUGCAGGAACAGGAGCCCUGAAAACUGACUUCACCAGAACCGGGAAGAGGACCCAUUGGGGCUUGGUAAUGGACGGCUGGAACUCAAUGAUCCGUUAUUACAAGAAUAAUUUCUCAGACGGGUUCAGACAAGACUCCAUCGAUCUCUUCCUUGGAAACUAUACAGUGGAUGAAACUGAUGGCUUGACGCCUCUGCACGUGCAGAAGGACUGGAAGUUCCUCUUGCUUCCUGUUAUUAUGGUGGUGGCUUUCUCCAUGUGCAUCAUCUCUCUCUUAAUGGCUGGUGACACUUGGACAGAGACCCUGGCGUACGUGUUAUUCUGGGGAAUGGCCAGUGCUCUUACGACCGCUGUCAUCGUGGUCAAUGGACGAGAGUUUGUUGACGCACCCAAACUGGUCCAAAAAGAGAAGAUGGAUUGAGUAUACAGACCUCAUUCUUUCUGCUCUCUGUUUCUUCUUCAUUUUCCUCCAAAAGUUUUUAUUAACCUGCUCUCCACACUGUCCAGAGCAAGUAUCCCUCCUAUAAAAAAACUGUAUUACCUUAUAAUUUCACAACACUUACUGUCACGCUACAAAUUUCCAUUGAUUCAUUUCAGACAAAUUUCUUUACUAGUUUAGUUUCAUCAGUUCAAAAUUGCUCAUGGGUUGCACAAGAUCUCCAGCCUGUACAUGCAUUGUGAACAUAGCAUCUUAUUUCAAAGCUGUUGUGUUGUGACUUUUAGGAGAUCAAUCUAAAUUGACCCGUUGUGAAAUUCGAGUUCUUGUUUUGGCUCUAGAGUUCCUGCUUUAUGAUAUUGUACACCGGACCUGUGCCCAUUGGCCCAGUCUGUGGGUUGACCGAUCAAUGAAGGUUUAUUCUAAUUAGAUUGCUAUGCAAGUGAAUGUUACAUGAUGCAUCAGUGGCUCAUCCCUUGGUUUUUACCAAAUCUGUCCUGAAAUCAGCCUUAUGCAUUGGUUAUAUUUUUAGUUCUUCUUUGCAGUGGCAGUUUGGGUUUUAAUGUGGUUUCCUUUUGUUCUGCCAGCAUGUUUAUGGUUUUGUGUCCCUCAUAAAUGAUAAAAUUAGACCGCUCUAGGGCCACACUAGGGGGAGAGAGAAGUAUUAAGCACUUUCUUUAUGAGUUUACAGAAAAAAAAUGUGAACGGCACUUUCCUGUAUGACUUCUUUAUGCUUCUUUGUGGACCAAUGAACACUAAUUGAAUGUUACCAGUUCAGUGGCAGUUCAUUAGACGGAAAUAGUCUUCAGAUUACCUGUCAAAUUUGCUCACACUUUUAAUUGAAUUCACUUAAACUAUACUGACGAUUGAAAAGGUAUUCGCUUUUGAUUCAAUUUAGAGAGGUGGCUUCAUGAACAGAAUUAGAAUAAAAUUGCAGUUUUCACUUGCAUGAUGGUGCAUUUCAAAAUGUCUUGCCUUUAACCCACAAAUUCCCUUUCAUUUUGACAAAUUUAAACACAGGUUUUCUUUUUUUUUUUGUGGCAAAUUAAUUACUUUAAGGUCUUCCUUUUGAACUCAUUACUACAUUUAGAACUGGAUGCUUGUCAGUUUGGUUUAAUGUAGACAAAGAAUGUAGAUUUUGAUGCCUUUAUAUCUGUAUUUUGUAAUCUUCUGCAAAUGAUAAUACAAGCUUCAGUGACUGUCAUGUGGGAAACAUUUCAACAGGAUAUUGCAAAUGCCAGUUUCAUCCAAUUCAAUUGAGGCAUAUUUUAUCCAUUUGCUUUGUGUGUGAAGAUGACAAGAAUAUGCAGUACAACUUGGAAUUAAAAUGACUGGAUGGAAACAACAUUAAUAAUUAAAUCCUGUACGUUUGAUGUUUACCUGUGUAAAUCUGAUGUGCAAACUGUACAUUGGGAAGAAUAUAUAUACAAAUAUGAGUGUCAUUGUACUGUACAGUGUAGUUUACAACAUCAUAGCUUUAGCACUUUCUGGUUGAGUUAUUGAUCAAUCAAAGUGAUGUUACUAAUCACAUUCUUCCAUCACAGGGUUGGAUGUAUAUGGAUUUCAUUACCCUAGAUUAUGUACUGCAUCAUUGUAUUUCCAGGGUGCGGUGGUUUGAAGUGUGUUAAAUGACGUAUUAUCAAUAUUAAUUGUGUUUUGUCUUGUUCCUGACAGUGUUUUAAAUACUGUUUAAUCUUCUUUCUCAUCUGGUUUGAUUAAGAGAAAAUAUGCCUCAACAUUACAGUGGGAUUUAUGAUUACUGUGGUCAUUAUGAAAUAUUCAGUAGCUACGCACCCGUGAUUUCAAGGGAAUAAUUUGAGUCAUUACAUCAGUUGUUUUUAAUAAUAUAUCAAUCUUGUCCUUAUCAGGCUCUUAACAUCUACAGUUCUGGUGAAAAACCACACGGUUUAAGAAUCUUGGUGUCAUUUGCUUUUGAGUCAUUGAGGUUUAAGUCAACCAUUGUAACUGAUGGAUUCAUUAUGAAAACAUGUUUAAUAAAUUCUACCAGUAAA